CCCCCCUCGGGCCGCGCGACCCGCCGCCGCCUGUGCCCGCCUGUGCCCGCCGCGUCCCCCCGCGUCCCCGCCGCCCCAUGGCGCUGAAGCGGAUCCAGAAAGAGUUAAGUGAUCUACAACGUGACCCACCUGCUCACUGUUCAGCUGGACCUGUAGGAGAUGACUUGUUCCAUUGGCAAGCUACUAUCAUGGGGCCUCCUGAUAGCGCGUAUCAAGGUGGAGUCUUCUUUCUCACUGUACAUUUCCCGACAGACUAUCCUUUUAAACCACCAAAGAUUGCUUUCACAACAAAAAUCUACCAUCCAAACAUAAACAGUAAUGGAAGUAUUUGUCUCGAUAUCCUGAGAUCACAGUGGUCACCUGCUCUGACUGUGUCAAAAGUUUUAUUGUCCAUAUGUUCUCUACUUUGUGAUCCUAAUCCAGAUGACCCUUUAGUACCAGAUAUUGCACAGAUCUAUAAAUCAGACAAAGAAAAAUACAACAGACAUGCAAGAGAAUGGACUCAGAAAUAUGCAAUGUAAAAUAAAAAAAAAAUCAUAUAUACCAGAGUACUGUAAAAUCUAGGUUUCUUCCAACAUUAGCAGUAAAUUGAGUACUGUUUACUGUUUCAUUGUACCAUGAAAUCCUUUGACUUUUUAACCCAUUUUAAAUGUAUUUCCGAAGCAAGACAAAACAACCUUCCAAAAAUAUCCUAAAGACUGUGAUGAGAGCAUUUAUCAUUUUGUAUGCAUUGAGAAAGACAUUUAUUAUGAUUUUUAAGAUACUUGGACAUCUGCAUCUUCAGCUUACAAGAUCUACAUGCAUCUGAAAAGCAACCAAAUUAUUUUUUGCUGAAUCUAGAUGUUUUUACAUGAGGAAUACUGUAUGUGUUGUCUAAGAUAUGUUUUAUAAAUCUACAUUCAGAUUUCAUUCUUUGUUAGUUCACUUUAUAAUUUGUAUUUUUUUAUUGUAUAGACUAAAUAUAUUCUAUUUACAUGUAUGUCAGUGUAUUACUUUUUUUCUUUGAACAGUAUUGAAAAAGUCCAACUGUUGAUAAAUAAUGGUCUUCCUUGUCUUAGGGUAUUCUGUAGAUCAGUUACAGAUUUCUUAAACCUGAAUGAUCUUUACACUGUAAUUCUCAAUAUAUUGACUAUGGAGAAACACUUGUUUUUGAUCUUGUUAUACUUGACUUUAUGGCAAUGUGAAUUAAUUGCACUGCUAAGUAGGACAAUGUGUAAACUAUUUUGUUGCUCUUCACAUAUGAAUUUUUUUUGUAUAGGCAAUAUUGACACCUUUUACAGAUCCUAAUGUAGCUUUUUUCCAUAUAAAUAAAAUGCUUUUUCUACUAUUUGUCUUGAUUACUUAAAAAGUUAAAAAUUAUCUAUCAGUGAGAAUCAAAGCACUAUAUAAAAAAUUGCAUGAAAUUUAAUUCCAAAUUGUCAAACUGUUUAUUGUAUUCGGUAUUAAUUAUAAUAAUAUAAAUAUUAUUGAUUUAGAUUUGUAUCUGCUUACAAAAUUAUCCAUCUACAGGAUGAUAGUCUUUGAUCCUUGUUAUGGAAGAAAUUAGAAUUAGGGCAUUUCUUGUAUCAUGUCUAAAAUAGAAUGUUUGCUAUUUUGAGGAUAAGGCAUUGUUGAAGAAAAGUGUCAGGCCUGUAGAAUAAUUAGACUUAUUAAAAUGCCCCUCUAAGUAUAACUGACCUUGUAUUUUUUAACGUUUUAAAAUCUAGAAUUUCUAACAUAGAAUCUUAGUGUCAUCAUAAUUUGAAAGAGGGUGUCCGUUUUUUACUAAUAGAAAUUAUAAAGAAAAUUCUAAAAUGCUAUUUCCUCUGUUUUUAUCAAUUGCGAGUUAAAGUGAUUUAAAUAAGUAGGUUAUAUUUACAGAUUGUAAAAAAAUCUAGGACGUUCUUUGUUUUGACUUGAGGAAAAAUGCAUCUCUUCAAUUAUUAGCAUGUUUACCAAAUGAGUGAAUUACGUUAUAUUUAAGAAGAGUUGUAGUUCUUCUGAUUAUCGCAGUAGCUGACUAAGUGUGCAAGAAUCUGUGAUGGGUGUAGUCAUUAGCAAAUCACGGAAGUAUUUUACCAUGGUUCAUUAUUAUUAAAGCACAAAAUAACCCAUUGUUAGUAAAUAUGUGUUUCUUAAUGAAUGUAAAAUAAUUAAAUGAAUUGUGAAAUGGAUGUUUAAGAAAAUAUAGACUUAAAAAUAACUAUAUUGUGAUAUCUCGAAACAGCCAUAUGAAAAACACUACUAGCUAUAUUAUUAUAAGCUCUUUUGCCCAGAAUUUAAACACUUGACAUCAUUAGAUUAAGUAUUUAGUAUAUUUUGAGAGUGAAUGAGUUUUGUUUCUUGAAUAUCGCCCUUUUUUUUUAAACUUUCAUUUGUGUGGCAUUUAUUUUCGGAAGUGUCUUUUUUCCUUUAUUAAAGCUUUUGAAACUUG